AUGCCUUUAAAGAUCAAAUUCUCAAGGAGGCCAGACCCCCCGCCAGCUGAAGAACCAGCGCCAGUACCUGCACCCGCACCCGUGCCUACACCUGCACCAGCCGAAACUCCUCAACCUCCGCGCAAGCUCACCCUGAAGAUCGCACGAAAAACACACCCCGAGAGUGAAGAGAAACCAAAGAAGAAGAAAUCGACAAAGAAGCGACCGGCCGAAAGCCUCGCGCUGCCCGAGCUCGAACCCGAACCGGAACCUGAGACAAGCCAACAAGGUCCCAAGCGGAUAAAGCUAAUCCCAUCCAAGAAGCCUGCCUUGCAAUCGAUCCGCAUCAAAAACAAGGGAAUCGUUCCCAACCGACCGGUUGGCGUUGGCUACGACUCUGAAGCCUCGGACACCGAAAAUGAUCCUGCCAUUGAAGAACAAUUCAUCUUACGGAUGCUCCCAGGAGAGGACUGCGAGCAUAUAAAGAAACUGAUGAACGACAAGACCUUCAAGUCAAGCGAGUUCGGUCUCAAACCACUCACCCGUGAGGGCCGGCGCGCCAUCGUGAAGGUUCGCGACCACCAAUAUGCGGCAGCCCUGGUGGAUCUACCCUGCAUCAUUGAGGGCAUGAAAAGUUGGGAUCGGCGAGGCUGGUACAAGUCAGCAGAUAUCUGUCAAAUGCUCUUGGUGCUAGGGCGCGUCAAUAGUGACCAAGAAGCUAUGGACUACCCACUUCCCCCGGACGUUGAGUGCCCCGAUGAAAAGACACUUCAAUACCCACACGGUCUCGCACCACCCCUCCGCUGGGUUCGCAAACGGCGAUUCCGCGACCGCGUUAGCACGCGCACAAUUGAGCAAGUUGAAAAGGCCGUGGAAGAACUCAUGGCCCAGGACGAAAAUUCGAUUUUCCCUCCUAAGUUCGAGUUAGUGGACAGCACAUCCCUGAAUCGCGUCGAGGGCUUAGUGCAAUCAGGGGCCUACGAAGAUGAAUAUGAUGAUGAGCAAGAUGCAUACGGCGAAGCGGAAGAAGACAUGAUGGACGACUUUGAGGAUGCCCUUGCUGCCGAGAUGGAAGCUGCAUUGGCAGCUGGCGAUGAUGAGGCACCGGGGGCGGGGACAGAGCAUGCAGACACUUCAUCUAUGCAACAUUUCACGCCAGCUGAAGGACAGACCGAACGCGGCGACACUUCUGCCGAUGAGAGCAAUAUAUCCGACGAGGACGAGCAAGAUGAACUAGACGACGAUCAAAUCGAGCAGCAGCAACAACUCCAGCAACAACGUGAGGAAGUCGCCGAGUUGGAAUCUCUCAUCCGAACUGAAACAGCACAGUGGGAGAAGGUGCAGAAUCAUAUUUUGCGCAACAAGAUGGGCCGACGUAUCCAGGAAUUGAAGAAGGAUCUGCAGCUAAAGAAGGUCUCCAUGGGCAUGCCAGCCGGGGACGACAUCUGA